GCCUUGGCCUCACCUCAGUCUUUAUUGCGUAAUGAAAUUAGAAAGACUUUAAUUUUUUAAACACUGAAUUCAGAAGGUGAAAAAAAAUGUUUUUUGACUUCUUUGCAGCAGCUAAGUUCUAGAAAAUAGUUACAGGUUUCCCCAGAUGUUCCUCAUCUUUGCACAAACCUGCCAGGCAAGAUGAUUCUGUUAAUACAGCUGAAAUGCUGGUGGCUGCCCAUGGCAUGUGUGCAGAAAGCCUGUUCCGGUUACUUAUAACAUAAUAUUGCUCUUGCCUACCCUCUCAAGCCAGCAAUGAUUCCUGCCUUUUCUGAAACCUAGGUCCAAACCAAGUUUCAUACGUCGGCUACAAUAAGGUGUAUUGCAUCUUUAUUGCAGGGCUUUGUAUAGCAGACUUUUACAAGCUACAACAGCAGAAGGCUGCAAUACCAUGAAGAUAGCUAUUGAUUCUUGAGUCUCUGCCAAUUAACGAUAGCUGUGAUACAUGGAAGAGCUCAUUUUCAAUUGUCUGGCUGCAGUUUUUAGGGCUAGUUAUAAGUUCUUAUUCAGAUACAGAAAUCUCUGCAUUACAUAUCUGGUCAUGCUGAUAGCCUUUAGAGUAUGAGUCUGUGGUUGUCAGCGCUGCCUGGAGGAUCCUUCCCUUCUUUCUUGUUCUUCAACCCCCCAACAUGGCUGAUACUUUUUGAUGCCCUGGAUGCAUGGCCCUCCAGAGGUUAUCCUCAUUACCUGGUAACCAAAUAGAUGUUGUGGGACUGAGCAUCAUAAGAUAUUAUUAGGUUGGAGAUGGUAGAGAACAUGGUCUCUGCCAGUCUUGCAUCCUCUAUAGUGAGAAGAUGGUGCGUGCAGUUAUAUUUUGGAACAUAAAGACUGUGGUUCCAUUGCAGUUGUACAGCAAAUGGCAGAGAGGUGCUUUCCCUGCUCUGAAGAAUUUGCAGGUGAAGCUAACAAAUGAUAGAGUUUGGAGGGAAAGAGGGGAAAAAAGGGUGCCUAAGCAAAUGGUGAGGGUAGUGCUGGAAACAGUUGGAUCAGGGAGUGCCCUUCUUCUGGACACAGAUGGAGUGGAAGAAAGGCAACUAACAGGAGAGAAUGAGGAGUCCUUGCUGAGCAGCAGAAGAGUUAGAGGAUGGAGGGGAAGAAAGGAAAGUGAGGACAGGAAACAUUGUGGGGAAGGAGUAGGAGGGGAUUGGAAUAAAAAAAAAAAAAGCAGAGAAAGCAUCCUACAUCUCAAGUGCUGCAGAAUGUUGCAGGGCUGCAACCUGCCUUGCUGCUGCUGGAGAAAAUUGCCUGGGGAAAGAAGAGUUGGUGAAUGAAUGUGACAGGGCUAAUUGGAGCUAGUUACCAUCUCCUAUGCUUAGUACUGCUUGGAGCUGGCUCUCUGUGCAUCUUGCACCUGCUUCGAAAAGGUUAUCUGAGACGCUCAAAUCUUUAUUGCACCCACACCAGGAAGGUGAGGGAAGGGGGAAGCUAGGCAAUGGUUUAUAUUUCCUUUGGUUGUUCUUGAACCCCAGAUUUUCUCAUUCUUGUUAAUGACACUAAAAAGAGCAUUUCCCACUUACCCUGCCUUUGUCAGGAAUGACCUCUGUCCCAAGAAGCUCACAGGCUUAGCUCGGCAUUGGGCAGUGAGCCAAUAGGGAGGGACGAUGGGAAAGCAGAGUGUCAAUAAAAUUAUUGUACCAUCACCCAGUGGAGGCCUGCAUAGAGCAUAUCACCCUAAGGAAGGGAGUGGUUUUGUUUUCUAAGUAAAUGUAUGUCUGUCUUGGGUUCUCAGGCAUUGUAGUAGAAGCUAGGUGGGACCUGAAUGAGAAAUAAUUCUCUCUGCAUAGUGUGGAGGAAGGCUUAAAGAUAUUUGUGGGUAAAGUAUAGGGGUAUUGAAGUUGGCAUCACUGAUAGAGAAAAAGUUGUAGGAGCACCACAGAUGUCAUCAUGGUGGGGAAUUUGUUUAGGUCAUGUCUUGAGGAAGAAUCUGCAUGAGGACCAUCAGCAGCUGACUCAGUGUGAGCCUGCAGCCACAGAGCAUGUAUCCAGGUCACAUGUUGUGGAGCUGCAGGACAGAAUCCAGCAAUUCGAUGCCACCAACAAGUUGCUUCAGGAAAAGCUGAACGAGUUGAAUUUUGAACUAAAAUCUGUCCAAGAAACGUCCCGGAAACAAGAUCGCACAAUCCAGAGUCUGAAUGAGACCCUUAAGAGCAAAGAUUGUGAGACAGAAGAACUGUAUCACAUGAUUGAAGGGCAGAAUGAGACGAUGGCCAAACUACGAGACAUGCUACAUAGGAGCCAGCUUGGACAUUUACAGAUCUCGGAAAAUCCAUCCCCUGCCCAGCAGCAGCAGGUGGCACUGCUGGAGCUGCAGAACACACUCUUCUGCACCCAGCUGGAGGUACAGAAGGGGAAGAGAGCUCAGCGGCAGAAAGAACAUCAGCUGGCUGAAGCCAGGAGGGCUCUUCAGCUGCUAGAGACUGCUGUGCAGGAGGAGCAGCAGCAGCAGGAGGCAGCGUGGAAACACAAUCAGGAGCUGCGCGGUUUUGUGCAGAAGCUCCAAGCAGAGCUGAAGGAUAAGGGUCAGCAGCUCCAGAACUUAGAGUGGGAGAAAUGCCGUGAGACCCAGGCCCACGAACAGAGACUUCAGUGUCUGAGCCAGAGUUUGGCUCUCAAAGAGCAGCUCCUGCAGGAAUCCAGGGAACUGCGACAUCAUCAUCAGAGCUUGGACAAGAGCCCUGCAGUGGCAAAUGCCAUGCUGGAAAAGCUGCAGCAGCGAGUCAAGGACAGAGAUGCUGCGUUGGAGCGAGCAGUAGAUGAUAAGUUCUGUGUCCUGGAAGAGAAGGAGCAAGAGCUGCAGCAGCUCCACCUCUCAAUAAGGGAGCGGGAGUGUGACCUGGAAAGAUUGCGAAGCAUCCUGUCCAGCAAUGAGGCCACCAUUCAUAGCCUAGAAAGCUUGCUGAAAGCCAAAACCCUGGAACUAGAGCAGGCAUCAGCAACCUGCCAGAACCUCCAAUGGAUGAAAGAGGAAGUGGAAGCCAAAUCCAGCAGCAGGCAGAAGGAGCAAGAAGGGAUCGUUCAACAGCUGCAGACCUCUCUACAUGACAGGAACAAGGAAGUGGAAGAACUCACAGCCACCUUGCUUUGCAAGCUAGGCCCUGGGCAGAGUGAGAUCACAGAAGAGCUGUGUGUACGCCUCCAGCGCAAGGAGAGGAUGUUGCAGGAUCUCCUGAACGACCGGAGCAGGCAGGUGGUGGAGCAUGAGUCUGAAAUUCGGGGCCUGCUUCAGGCCAUUAGCGCCAAGGAGGAACGCAGCCGAAUUGCUGCAGAGAAGAUGGUGCAGGCUCUGGCAGAAAGAAGCUGUGAAUUACAAAUCCUGCGCCAGCAAAUGAUGGGGAAGGAGCUUGGGAAGAACCACAGAGCCAAUGCCAAGCUGUUCCAGGAGGAUGGAGAGCAGCCCAUUCAAGAUUUACUGCAAGGAGGUUGUGGUGACACCACCACCAGCACAGUCUCCAAGGGACAGGACAGCAAAUACCAGCCAGGAAGAGAUAUUAUGGAGUCAGCUGCAGAACUGGAGAAGGAGCUUGUUAAUGCCAAAGAGGAACUUGAGCUGAUGGCAAGAAAGGAAAGGGAAAGCAGGUUGGAGCUCUCAGCUCUUCAGUCUGUGGUGGCCACACAGGAGGAAGAGCUGCAGGUGCAGGUCUCGGAUGUGGAGUCCCUGACUAGGAAAAUCCAGAUCAAAGAGGACCUUAUAAAGGAUCUGCAGAUGCAGCUGGUUGACCCGGAGGAAAUUCCAGCGAUGGACCGACUGACCCAAGAAGUUCUGAUGCUUCGAGAGAAAGUGUCUAUUACAGAGUCACGAGGACAGGAAGCUGCAGGGAACAGGAGGCAACAGCUACUACUGAUGCUGGAAGGGCUGGUGGCUGAGAGGAAUCGACUGAAUGAAGCUCUGCAAGCAGAAAGGCAGCUCUACAGCAGUCUGGUGAAGUUCCACACACACCCGGACAGCUCUGAGAGAAACCACACUCUGCAGGUGGAGCUGGAGGGGGUCCAAGCACUCCGGGACCGACUGGAAGAGGCUCUUGGAAGAAGCUUGGAACGUUUGAGCAGGCUGGAGACCCAGGGCGCCAUUGGAGGUCAACACAUGGGGGAAGACACUGAGGACACCAGCACUGAGUUCACUGACAGCAUUGAGGAGGAGGCACCAACCAGAUCUACAGCUGCACAAACUAGCCAAGGGGGCGUUGAGAACAAGCUGGAAGUCAAGGAUAUUCAGUCUGAUUCCCUGGCCCCAGCUCUGCUGGAGAGCCUGCAGAUGGAGCUGCUGUGGGAGAGAUCACAGAGUCAGCAGAUCAAGGACGAGAAGAGGAAGGUGGAAGGGGAGCUGAGGGAGCUGAAGGCACAGCUUGAGGAAGCUGGCUUCUCCUCCGUGUCUCACAUCAGGAAGGCCAUGCUCAGCCUGUGCCUGGAGAACGCGGAGCUGAAGGAGCAGGUGGGGGAGGCGACGUCGUCGGUGGAGUGUGGGGAGCGCGAGGAGGAGAAGGCUGAUGCGGGGGCAGGCGAGGCCCCGAAGCCUGAGCUCAGGCGGCUGCAGCGGAAGCUGCGCAAUGCGGAGACCAUCAUUGCCCUCCUCAAGGAGCAGCUGGUGCUGCACAGCCGAGAGGACAAGAGUGGACUUGGCCCCCAGAUCACAGCUGGCCUGGCCAGGGAGGUGGUUGAGCAGCUCCAUGUGGAGGCAGGGACAGCCCCAGCAAAACGUCCUGCUGUGGAGGGGCAGCCCCACGAGGAUGUAGCCAAGAGACCCUGCCCUCAGUCGCCCGAUCUGGCUUGUGGCCCACCCCAAGCUCUCACAGAAGGAAGCCAGGCGCAGGCCAGUCUCCAGAGCAGCUUCUGGACACGGUUGGGGGAGUCUGGCUCUGGGCAGUCAGCACAGCAGCGUCUCUCCCAGCCGGCUCAGGGCAGGCAGCACUACCAGGAGCUACAGGACAAGCUGGCAGUGUCGGAGGCCACAGUCCGGGCCCAGGCCGAGCAGCUGGAGCAGUACCGGACCCUGCUCAAUGAACCCCUGGUCCAGCAGGACAGCAAGCAGGUGCAAGUGGAUCUCCAAGAUCUGGGCUACGAGACGUGUGGGAGGAGUGAAACCGAGGCUGACCGGGAGGAAACCACCAGUCCUGAGUGUGAGGAGCCAGAUGUGUUCAGUGAGGCCAGCCUGACUGAGGAGCUGAGUGCCCAGUGCAAGCUCUUUGCAUCUGCAGUCGGCCGUUCCCCUCUGGGUGCUCCCUUAAAGAGCCAGCUACAAAUCCUGGGCUCUGACCAGCUGCAGGACAUCGCGGUUCUCCAGCAGCACAUCCAGGACCUGCGAGCACAGCUGCAGAACGCCAACAAGGUCAUCCAGAGCCUGCAGUGCCGUGCACGCUCCUUCUCUGCCACCAGUGACUAUGCCUCAGGCGCAGAGCGGCCCCACAAGCUGAAGCCAGGCUGCGUACCGGAUGGCUCACCUGCCCGCAGUGCGACUGAGGAGGAUGAGGGCUGGCAGUCUGAUGGCUUCAGUGCCUUCUGUCCCCCGGCACUUCAGGCUAGCCGGGACCUUGAGCGCCUUGUACAGAGAGUGUCGCUACUGGAAGCCCAGCUGCCCAAGCCCAAGCCAGGAGGGAUACUGCCUCAGGAGCUGAGAUCUGCUGUCUGGCCAGGGAAAUAUGAUUCCCUGAUCCAGGCUCAGGCCCGGGAGCUCUCUCACCUGCGCCAGAAGCUGCGGGAGGGCCGUGGAGUGAGUCACACCCUCACCCAGCACCUCAAGGAUACAACCAAGUCUUUCGAGGAGCUUCUGCGGGGCACUGACAUCGACUACUACAUGGGCCAGAGCUUCCGGGAGCACCUGGCACAGGGCAGCCAGCUGGCCGAGAGGCUGAGCAGCAAGCUGAGCAGCAGGGACCGCUCUGCCGGGGAGGAUAAAAGUGGACAUGAAUUACUGGCUAUCAGGCUCAGCAAGGAGCUCCAGGAGAAGAAGAAGAUGAUUGAGACCCUGGAGGCCAAGCUUCAGGAGUGCUCUGAGAGUGUCCCCAGCAGCCGUGCUGCCUCCGAGUCACCCCGCUCUGACAGCAGCGCCUCCUUCCUGUCCGAUGGUCUGGAGGCCUGCUCUGACAUGGACGCUGCCUCUGAGUACACCCAGUACCAGGAGGAGGAGCGCAAUGAGCAGCCAUCCCGCUGCCACUCAGAUUUGGUCACUCACUCUGGUAAUGGUCCUGCUCUGUCAUCUAAUUCAUACCCUGCCACCGCAUCCCAUGAAGCUCGGGCGGAGUCCAUCAGAGAUAACCCCACCACCAUGCCAUCUUCACAGCACCAUCCCAUGGAUCCUGGCCAGGCAUGCACAGGGCUGCUCUUCAACUCCUUGUCCAAGCCAUUUAGCCUCCCUCUGCCUCCAUUUGCCCCUGGGCCGUCCUCCUUCUUGCCUGCCGGCUCCUCUCCUUUUGCUCCCCCUCCUCUCUUGGGUUGCUGUGGGACACCUGUCUUCUCCUUGGCCGAAGUGCAGCAGGAGCUGCAGAUGCUGCAGAAGCAGCUGGGAGAAAGUGUGACCCUUACUGUGCCACCAGUGAAAGCAGCCUCCCUGACCAGCACCUUCAAUGAGGCCAGUCCCUCCUCCUCUUCCCACUGCCUCCAUGCUGCCCACAUGGCUCCUCCUCAGCCUCAUCCCCUGCAAAGCUUGACUCAGCCUCACAGGAAAGUUGAGGCUAGCUUUGUGGACAGUGGUGCCCUCUGGGAUCUGCCUCACCUGAGCCAACCUCAGAAAGGGACCUUUUACGGAGAGUUGUCCUCUGGGUCAUCGGGUUAUCCAUCCAGCCAGAAGCUGACAGGGGCUGACUUGCUGGAAGAGCACUUGGCUGAGAUCCGCAGCCUGCGCCAGCGCUUGGAGGAGUCCAUCUGCACCAACGACCGGCUGAGGGAGCAGCUGGAGAACCGCAUUGCGUCCACCACCAAGAGCAAUGGAUCACCCACCAACAUCUACAUCCAUGGGCUGGAGCCCACUUCUCAGUUGAGUAGUGAGAACCGAGCCCUGCGGGAGGAUAACAAGAGCCUGCAGCUUCAGCUGGAUCAUCUUUCCAGAGAGCUGGAGUGCCUGCGGGAGACACUGCUUACAACACACUCCAGGCUGCAGGAUGCCCAGGCAGAGCAGGAGCAACAGCAAGCUGAGCAGCAGAGGCUGGUGGAAGAGGUCCAGGAGAAGCAGCAGAGUGCCCUGCAGCUGCGGGAGGAACAGCUGGCUCUGCAGGAAAAGAAUAACAGGCUUCAGCGCACAGUGACACUCCUACAGCAGCAGUGUGAGGAGAACCGGCUAGUCUUCCAGGCUCUCCGCUCUGAGCUGCGGGUCUACGAGACUCUCUUUGGCCCCUCUAAAGUGGCUAUGUCAGGUUGCAUCAGGGACCUGUACUGGAAACAGCCUUCUAGCAGUGACCUGGAUGCCCUCCUGGCCGAGGUCCGAGCUCUGCGGAGCCAGUUGCUGCAGGGCAUUCAGGUGAACAGCUCCUUGCGGCAGCAACUGGAGCAGCAGCAGGAGGGGAGAGCCAGCCUAGUGACACACGGCUCUACUUCCCAUGUCUUUGCUGCCAACAAGCCACCAGGUGACCGGCAGCUCUUCCAAGAGUCAGUUCCUUCUCCUCCGGUUCGGGAUGUGGGUAUGAGCUCUCCAGCUCCUCUCUUCUCUACCUCUUCACUGACUGCUCUGGGCCCAGAUGCCUCACUUCACCAUCAGGCAAAAGAGCUAUGCAAGGAGGAUCCCUCAGUGAGGAAGGGCUCCCCUUCCCUGAAGGGAGAUGACCCAACUGGUUCAUUUGCCAGCAAACAUGGAUGUCACAUCAUUGGCCAUGUGGAUGACUACAGCACCCUGAAGCAGCAGAUCUUGGAGGGCAAAAUACUGGUCCAUAAGAUGGCAUCUCUCAUGCGGCCAGCUCUCAGUGUGCCCAGCCUGGAGGCCCAGGGCAUGGAGGCCCUCGAGCGAGGAAGUAUUAGGCAGCUUUUUGGCAGCACAGGCACCUUGCAUCAGAUUCUGGAGGAGUGCGCCUCCCUCCUCAGUUUGUUCUGGAGGGCAGCGCUGCCCGCAGCCUCCAGCCCUGCCCAGCACAGGACAAUGGAGCAGGUGAUGAAGGAGGAGAUCCUGGAACUGCGAGCUCAGCUUUUGAAGAAGGAGACUCUGCUCCAGAGCAUGGCUGAGCGCCUGCAGAGCACCAGCCGCCUGAAGGAGAACAUGGAGCAUUUCAUCAUCAGCCACUUGACCAAAACUCAUGAUGUGCUGAAGAAGGCAAGGACAAACCUGGAGCCUUUCCAGAAGAGCACUCCCCAGAGCUCUGUAAAAUCACCUCCCUUUCUUGGCGAAGGUGAAACCCCAGUGGGCACUUCCCAGCCCUGCCAUCGCAUGAGCCUGGCUUGCCAGGAGCCAGGAAGAAAGAGAAGCCAUCCCAACUCCUUGCCGCAGCAGGAGGAACAGAGCAGGCCCUGCUUCAUUCACCUUCACAGCUACUGAGCCCCUACCCCUGCUUCCCACCCAGCAGGCAUGGCUCUGUGGCAGUUCUCAGGAACACAGCACUGCCCUUCCCUGCUGAGGUGUGCCCAUCCCAUCUGCUGAAUGAGGCUUUGGAGUCUUCCAGAUCACGCUGGAACCUAAUUAUUCUGCAUGUGACUUAGCCCACAGCUGUUUCUGGCGUGUCCACAGGGGUAGGCUGCUUGGAUGAGUCACUGCUAGGACUGGCAAGGGGGCAUCUGGCAAAGCAGCUUUCCCACCAGCUAUGCCAUCACCCACAUGGACAACCACUCACAGCAGCAGUGCCUUUCAGCUGUGUGGCAGCAUGCUAGAAGGCUGUCUGGAGACCCACCACCCAGCUAGUGGGCCGGACUAGAACCGCACCAUACUACUGAUGCGUGUGCUGGGGAGACGUGGCAGGCAGGUGCGUAUGUCUCCUGACCUGCUGCCUCAAUGCAGCACCUGCUUUGGCUAUACCAGCUUUGAGCAGUUUGUUUGAGAGCUGUAGCUUCCUGAGGGGCAUUAUUGAAGUAGCUGUCACCACUGGCCCAGGAGGAUCAUGUAAUGUUAAGGCUGCACGUACCCUGCUGUAGGAAGAUGAGCCCUGGUGAGGCUGCGCUUAACUGGCUGCUGGGAAUCUAGCAUUGCUCUGCCUCUGCAAGGUGUGAUGGGGCCAGGAGACUUCACACCAGGGGGUUUGGGCACAGCCAUCCCUUCCCUGCUGGAGUCUUUAGCCCCCAAGGCUGAAUUGCUGUAGAACCCACAGGGGGUGGUGAAUAGGACAGAGUGCUGGUCAAGCCACUUGUUCAGCUCGGGCCUCCCGUUCGCGUGGAAGAUGAAGAACUUAGCACCGCCUGUAAACAGGCUCGAGAGGCCUGAUGGUAGCCAACCCUUGCUUGCGGCAUGUCUGUGCUCGUAGGAUGUGUAUAUAUUGUAGCUGCGUCAUGCAACAGGGGCUGGGGUGCCUAUGAUGUGUCCUAGCAACCGUUCUAAUGCAGCAGGCCUCCCGCUGAGCCAACUCGGCUCCAAUUUCGGGAAGAAAUAAGAUGUAAGAAAUGAAGUGUUUCCUCCCUGAUCCCAGCAAGUCCCCAAUAAAUUCAUCUUUUUUAAAA